GAGGCGAUUGCUGUCAACAUGGCUACCCCGGCGUUGCUUACUGCUGUCGACUCGAUCAACCACAUCCACUUGAUUGUUGGAUCCAACCCUCUGGCCGGUGCACGUUGCAACCGAGCACUCGAAGUCGGUGCAGUGCCCAAGAUCAUCGCACCCGAAGACGCCCAAAUACACUAUGGACUGGCAAAGAAGAUUGAAGAGGGCAAGGUAGAAUGGAUUAAGAGAGAGUUUCAAGACUCAGACUUGACAAGUCUGGGUCGAGACGAGGUGGACAAUGUCGUGGAUGCCGUCUUUGUGACGACGGCGGGCAAAGGUUCUCUGAGUGAACUACGAAUUCCUGUCAACGUCGCCGACGCACCGAACCUUUGCACCUUUACCCUCCUGUCCACACACUCUUCGGGCCCUCUACAGAUUGGUGUCACGACGUCCGGCAAGGGCUGUAAAUUGGCCUCUCGUAUCCGACGUGAGAUUGCCGCUGCUCUCCCCUCCGACCUUGGUACUGCUGUAGAAAGACUCGGUACGAUACGCCGUCGCAUCUGGGAGGAGGACCACGCCACCGAAUUGUCCAUGGACUUGGAAGCUGAAGAGGAGGAUGCUGGUCAGAACGCACAGUUCAACAAGCUCAUUACACCCUCCGACCUCGAAGCCGCUAGAAACAGGCGUAUGCGCUGGCUCUCACAGAUCUGCGAAUACUGGCCCCUCCGCCGCCUGGCUGCCAUUACCGAUGCUGAUGUUGAUGCUGUGCUGGCUUCGUAUAGCCAGGAAGCUGCUAUUGAAGCCAGCACACCUCUGCUCAGUCCUGCCGCACAAGAAGAGUUGCUCUCNCUCGGCCUCGCAGCAGCAAAGAAGGGCCAGACAGUUCUCCGCCUGAAGCAGGGAGACCCUUACCUGUACGGCCGUGGUGCUGAGGAAUACGACUUUUUCCGCCGUGAAGGCUACGAAGUCAGUGUAUUGCCUGGCAUCACCUCUGCUCUCAGUGCUCCUCUGUUUGCCAAGAUCCCCGUCACUCACCGUGCCGUGAGUGACCAAGUCUUGAUCUGCACCGGCACUGGUCGCAAGGGAGCUGCUCCCGACCCACCUGUAUACCUGGCAAACCAGACUUGCGUCUUCCUCAUGUCUCUGCACAGACUCAGCGCUCUCAUCGAUAGCCUUGUUGCCGAGGGCAAGAACUACCCAAAGACCACACCUUGCGCAGUCAUCGAGCGAGCAAGCUGUACCGACCAGAGGGUCAUCCGCAGCACGCUCGAAUACGUCUGUGCCGCAGUCGAAGAAGAGGGCUCAAGACCGCCCGGCCUUCUCGUUGUUGGCCUGGCGUGUGAGGUUUUGGAGAAGAACCACCAGAAGUGGGUUGUCGAAGAGGGUUUCAAUGGCUUUGACAAUCUGGGCGAGAAUAGUCUCGAUGAGCUGAGUGCUGAGCUCCUCGCGCCUCUUACCAGCCAUCAACCUAUAACAAACACGCUUCACACUCCCACAUCGACAUCUCGACCUCCACACCUCAUCAACAUGGCCGACAACCUCCACGAACUCCCAGAGUGGCUGAGUCAACUCUUUGCCAAAGUCAACCUCGAAGACAUCACUCUUGCGAUGAGAAACAUCACACUGCGCGACUUCACUCACCUCGUAAACUUCGCCAGGGGCAAAGAGCUCAACGCCACCACCAUCACCCAGCUCUAUGAAGAAGCCAGCAAACUCUCUGGUGCAGGAACAGCCCUCCUCGCCGCUGCUCUGGUGAUCGCUGUCAUCAUCUUUUGCUUUCCCAUGGCCGCUGCCACUCCUUUUCUGACUUUGUUGGGUUUUACCAAUAUUGGUCCUGCUGCUGCUUCGCUGAUUGCCUAUUUUCAGUCUGCUUGGGGUGUUAAUGCUCUGUUCAGUCUCUUGCAGAGUGCCGCUAUGGGUGGUUAUGGCGCUCCCAUUGUUGCAGGUGUGGUUCAGGGAGCUUCUGCUGUCAGCGCCGGUCUCUCGGCCUUUAAGUUGUGGUCUAUGGGCAACUGGACCAUGCCUUGGAAACCGUGA